AUGCCUGGGGUCUGUGGUGUGGCAAAAAUGUCACACAGGACAAGUGAACGAGAUCUGCAGUCUUCUGCACGUAGAAUGGGCACAUCUCUACUUUUCCAGUUGUCUGUGCAUGAACGAGAGUUGGACUUGGUGUUUCUUGAUCACAGCUAUGCCAAGCCUUGGAGUGCCCACCCUGAUGCCAGCAAUGCCCGUCCUACCCGUACCCUUUUCAUCACUCCUCGUAGACAGCAGGAAAGUGCCAUUGAGGCAGAUGUUCCCAUUGAUGUUGAGACUGUCACUCCCAUUUCCAUGCCAUUAUAUGAUAACCAGAAGGCUCGAACUGUUAUGAAUGAGUGUGAACGUCAUGUGAUCUUUGUGCGAACAGACACUGAAGCUCCUCUGCCACCUGAUGACUGGGAAGAUCACCUUAAUAGGACUGGUUGGAGUACCUCCCAGAAUAAGCUUUUUAACAAGGUCCUGAAAGCUUUACAAGCUGACCGCCUUGCUCGACUUGCUAAUGAUGGUGCAAUCAAUGAGCCAGUGCUAAGAAGAAUUGCUGUGGACAAGUGUGCCCGUCGAGUACGUCAAGCUCUAGCCUCAGCAGGAUGGGAUACCAAACUAGUGCAGUGGCUACAUAGCAUACUGGUAGAAACACUCAGCCUACCACUGCUUGCUGCAUAUCUGGAUGCUCUGCAAACAUUGAAAGGCAAGGUACCAGCUCUUAUUGAUCGCAUGCUGCUAGCCACAACUGUCAGAGCAGGAGGAGCCAGUGCAGAAGCAUUAUCUCUACUACUGAAGAGACCAUGGGAUCCAGCAGUUGGAGUACUAUCACAUAACAAGCCUAGUAAACUCCCAGGUUCCCCUCUCAUCCUCAUUGCUCCAUCAGGGCCAACAAAUUCAAUAUUUCCAACUUCGCGAAGACAUCGGUUUUGGCAAUCCCAGCUCUCCUGUUUAGCUAAGGUCAUUCCUGUUGGUUCUCAGCUGGCUAACAAUGGUAGUGGGGUGACUUCCUUACAGUGCCUAGAAAACAUGAUUGGUGGAUUGCGAAGCAAAGUAGUUGAGAUUCACAAUCAUUUCCCUCACAAGCCUGUCAUUUUGCUUGGAUGGAAUACAGGAGCAUUAAUUGCGUGUCAUGUGUCUUUGAUGGAAUAUGUGACAGCUGUGGUGUGCCUGGGAUUCCCUUUGCUGACUAUGGAUGGACCUAGAGGGGAUGUUGAUGAUUCUCUCAUUGAUAUGAAGACCCCAGUACUUUUUGUAAUUGGUCAGAAUUCGCUUCAAUGUCAUCCAGAGGCAAUGGAAGAUUUUCGAGAGAAACUUAGAGCUGAUAACAGUCUUGUUAUUGUUGGAGGAGCUGAUGAUAAUCUUCGGAUAAGCAAGAUGAAGAAAAAAACAGAGAGUCUGACCCAAAGUAUGGUAGACAGGUGCAUUCAGGAUGAGAUUGCGGACUUUCUCACGGGGGUCUUAAAUCGAGCUGAGGGUCAUUCUGGUUCUGAUCCUCGUGAUCUUGAUGCUGAGAAAAAGAAGAAGUCCAGAGAUUUCCUGAGGAGAGACCUGCCUUUAGACUUGCCAGAGCGGAGCAGCAGACCAGUUUCACCUGGUGCUCGCUUCCCGGCCUCCCCCUCUGGCUCUGAGGUGAGGAUAUAA